UGACCAGGUCUUCCUUGAUGGCAGGCACUGAACAGAGUAUUUGCCAAGCCCGGGCUUCAGUUAUGGUCUAUGACGAUACCAGUAAGAAAUGGGUGCCAAUCAAACCUGGACAGCAGGGAUUCAGCAGAAUCAACAUAUACCACAACACGGCCACUAACACCUUCAGGGUAGUUGGAGUUAAACUGCAAGAUCAACAAGUAGUGAUUAAUUACUCAAUUGUGAAAGGACUGAAGUACAAUCAAGCAACACCUACCUUUCAUCAAUGGCGCGAUGCACGGCAGGUCUAUGGCUUGAAUUUUGCAAGCAAAGAAGAGGCUACCACGUUCUCCAAUGCAAUGCUGUUUGCUCUGAAUAUCAUGAACUCACAAGAUGGAGGUCCAGCUGCCCAGCGCCAGGUCCAGAAUGGGCCAUCUCCAGAUGAGAUGGAGGCACAGAGAAGACAAGUGAUGGAGCAACAGCAACAGCGCCAGGAAUCUCUGGAAAGAAGAACCUCUACUACAGGCCCAGCACUUCCACCUGGUCAUCCCAGUGGCGCUGCUGUGAUCCCUGCUUCGUCCGUUUCCCCACUUCCACCUGGUCAUCCCAGUGGCGCUGCUGUGAUCCCUGCUUCGUCCGGUCUGGCCGCCGGCCAAGGGGCUGGCACUGAAGAUGGGUCAGUGUCAGGGCUCGCAGCAGCUCUGGCUGGUGCCAAACUAAGGAGAGUUCAACGGCCAGAAGAUGGUUCAGGAGGGUCCAGCCCCAGUGGGGUCUCUAAGAGCGAUGCCAAUCGAACGAGUAGCGGAGGAGGCGGAGGAGGACUAAUGGAAGAAAUGAAUAAAUUACUGGCAAAAAGGAGGAAAGCAGCGUCGCAGUCAGACAAGCCAGCUGAUAAGAAGGAAGAGGAAAGCCAAAACGAUGAUGCUAGCACCUCUCCUUCACCCAGUACACGAGGUCCCACCCAGCAGCAGCAAAAUUCAUCAGACUCUGGGAAGAAGCCAUGGGAAAGGAGCAAUUCUGUUGAAAAGCCUGUAUCUUCAUUACUUUCUAGAAAUCCAUCAGUGGUGAAGAGCUGUGAAGCUAAGAGCCCCACACAAUCCCACGUGUCUUCUAGGAUGAAGCCAGUGAGCAGCAGCAAUGAUGUGGCUAUGGAUGCCUUAGAUUUUGAUCGAAUGAAACAGGAAAUAUUGGAGGAAGUUGUAAGAGAGUUACACAAAGUGAAAGAGGAGAUAAUUGAUGCCAUACGGCAGGAGUUGAGUAGAAUCAGUACAACAUAAUGAUUGCAAAGCAUUUGGACGGUACUAAGAAUGCUAGGAAGAUCGGAUCAUUUCUAAGUGUACCAAGGUCAUGCAAGAUGGUGAGAGAGGACACCGGCACUGUCUUUGUUCUUAUACCCUUUUUAUUAGCAGACUCAGCACACUUUGAAGCUUGCUGCUGCCUUGGAUUUGCUUCAUUUUAAAAGUCUUAAUCUAAAGAAUAUUAAAUUUUAAAUUUCUGGAUUUUUUAGAUUUCAUCUGACACUGCACAUUGGAUUUGUCAGCCUUUUUUGUAUUUUGUAUUUGCUUAUUUAAAUGUAUUACCUUUCUUUUUAGUAGUAGAUAAGAACACACGUGAACCAUUUGCUUUUGAUAGAUGACUUCAAAGUAAUUUUACUAGUAGUCUGCAAUGUAAAUGAAGAUCCUUUGCCAACAGAAAUGUAUUGUGGCAUCACCAGAAGAAACAGAGACAUGUUAGUUGUCAGCCAACCAGUUCUUUGUCUCAGAGUUAUCACAAUAUAAAAAAAAAUGGUACGUCAGUGCAUCACAGUAUCUGUGUUCAUAUUGGUAAUAAACUGUUUAUUGUCCACAUG